UUGGCAUAAACCAAGCCUCUCCUUUCCUUUCAUCUCUUCCCAAUCACCUCUCUUUCUCUCUCUCAACAAUGGCGCUGUGUUCCAGAACUCUGACAUCCACAUCCCUCUACUGCAACGGCAAUGGCAGCUCAAUUACAAACCACAAAACAUCAAAAAGAGAAGCUCGUCAUUCACUCAGCAUUCACAUGAUGGCUUCAACCAUGGAGUCUUACGAAGAGGGUAACCUCGAAAGACCCAAAUGGAGUGGCGAAACCCCUCUUUCUCGUCUCGUUGGCACUCUCAUUUCCUUCAAACCCCUCUAUGCUGUCAUGAAGUUUGGUGCUAGACAAGCCCUUAUCAGUACAGCUGAGAAAACAAAUAUACCAUGGAGGGAGAUGACUAAGGAGAUAUUGGAAUCGGAGGUCUACAAGGAGAUGGAGAGCGUUCGAAACCCUGCCAUUUUAUACCCAGAUUAUUAUCUGAAUCCCUUCCAUGCCUACGAUGAAGGAAACCUUUCAUGGCUGGCUGCAGCAGAAGCAGAGCCUGCGACUAUGUCAAUUACUAGAAGAGCUAUACCUGAUGCGUCUUCCCUGGAUGAGGCAAUUGAUAUAGUACGUGGGAAUUGGCUUCGAGCAAUUGAGCAACAUCAUCAACAAUACUCUGUUAACUCCACUGUUGAAGAUAUCUUAGAUAUAGGAUGCUCGGUUGGUUGGAGCACAAGAUUUCUGGCCAACACAUUCCCUUCUGCUAAUGUUAUUGGGCUGGACUUGUCACCUUAUUUUUUGGCUGUUGCUCAAUAUAAAGAAAAGAAUAUACCUUCAAACAGCAACUGCAUAAAAUGGGUGCAUGCAAAUGGUGAAGAUACGGGCUUGCCAGCCAAGUCAUUUGACGUUGUUUCAAUCGCUUAUGUCCUGCAUGAAUGUCCAGCAAAAGCGACAGUUAAUUUGGUGAAAGAAGCAUUCAGGCUUCUUAGACCAGGUGGUACCCUUGCCAUCACAGAUAAUUCGCCCAAGUCAAAGAUCCUUCAGGUAAAACAUCUAAAAAUCCCAUCAAAUUCAAAUGGCGAAGAGAAAAUUGAUGAAACCGAAGAUGACGACGCAAUUCAGCUUGUCCUCUUUCAAGUUCCUGAAUGCUAUGUCUACAUCAUACCCCCAAGGAAAAGUGCUGCUUCAUACAGAGCUGAUGAAUGGGAUGUAAAUAAAUGGGCAUGGGAGGGAGUCUUGAAAGUUAUUAGCAAGGGAGAAGAGUGCAUAAUCAGACUUGAGGAUAAGUCAACAGGUGAACUCUAUGCUCGGGCUUUUUUGAGAAAAGGAGAGCCACAUCCUGUGGAAACUGUAAUUGAUAGUAGCAGAUACUUUGUGCUUCGAAUAGAAGAGAACAUAGGUGGUCGUCUUCGACAUGCUUUUGUUGGGAUAGGGUUUCGUGAGAGAACUGAAGCUUAUGACUUCCAAGCUGCUCUGCAUGACCAUAUGAAGUAUCUUGAUAAGAAGAAAACUGCUGAAGAAAUGGAACAACAAUUCCAGAAUUCUUCAGCAAUUGAUUAUAGUUUGAAAGAUGGAGAGACCCUUGUUCUUCAGUUGAAAAAAAAACCUGGUGGCAAUAUAAAGCUGAAAUCCAUUGAUGAGGGUGUGAACAACCUAUCAAUAACGGAUAAAAGUAAAGCUAAAGAGCCCUUACUUUCUAUCAGACCACCUCCUCCUCCGCCACCAACCCUCUCACCAACUUCUUCUCCUAAAACUCCUAGAUCUCCAAGUUCUAAUCCUAACAAAACAUUCGAAGAGGAGAAAGAAGAUCCCAGUAAAGAGCCUGAUUUUAAUUUUAAGGAAAAUCAAAGUUCAGAAGAUACAGCAGAUGAGGACUUUGGGGAUUUUCAAGCAGCUGGCUGAUUUGUUAUCAUGUAUAAAUAAAUUUCUGUUCAUAAAUGAAAUUUCUUUCGAACAAGGCUCGUGAACCGUGUACAUGGUGGGUUUAAGUUACCUGUUUCCGAAAUACUCUCGUAAGCAGGUCCAGGAACAGGAACAGGAACAGGAACGGAAGUGAAAUGUUCGAGAAUCAGUACAAAGUUGUCUUCUCUUGUUGAUAAAGGCUGUUUGGGUCCUUGUGUGAUACCGUGGUGAGUAAGACAUUUUAUUUGGAAUUCAGGAUUUCGUUUUGGAUGUUUCUUUAAAACCUUCUUUCCUUUAUGGGAAUUUCUUUCCUCGUUUGUUAAAGACAAAAGGAAAGGUUAAGUGUAGUAGUGGUUGAUGCCUUUAAGCUACAUACAUAGCUCCAUUACCUUGCUUCAUCAAUUAUUAAAAGUUUGUCAAUUAUUAAUUGGGUUGUAAAAAGUACGGUUACUUGAUUUAUUUUGGACUAUUGAGAUAGAUAAACAAGCAAAAUUAUCCGAGA